CAGAAGAGUGUUGACAAUAUGCUGGUGCGCCGAGACGCUCCACCACCAGUCAGACGAGACCAGUGGAGUUUUGCGGUUGAUCCUUGCUUACUUACACUCGCUUGCCGUUGUCUUGGUGGCACGCAGAUCAAAGACAGCUGCUCUGACCCGCCACUCACUCUGUGCUCGCAAUGGCGCCCCAAGCCCCAGACCAGGUACUGAAGGACGACUUGCUAGAGGGCGAAGAGGAGCACCAUGACGUGUUGGAGGUGCGAGAAAUUAACAUUGACAUUCGAAAAAUACUCUCUGACCUGCGAAAUGUGGACUGGUCGAAGGUGGUCUGGAAAAACGUGAUACUGUUCUUUCUGCUUCACAUAUACAGCGUGUACGGCCUUUACGAAGCAAUCUUCGUAGCGCAGUGGAAAACCCUCGCUUUCAGUGUGGUGCUUUACUUCAUGGCCGCGCUGGGGAUCACCAUGGGAGCACACCGGCUAUGGUCUCACCGCUCCUUCAAGGCUACGUUGCCCCUGCGUAUAAUUCUCGGUGUGUGUCAGACCAUAGCCUUUCAAAACGACAUCUACGAGUGGGCGAGGGACCAUCGCGUGCAUCACAAAUACAGCGAGACAGACGCCGACCCACACAAUGCACGACGCGGCUUUUUCUUCUCGCACAUGGGUUGGCUGAUGUACCGCAAGCACCCGAGUGUCAUCGAAAAAGGCCGCCGCCUCGACCUGUCUGACCUGGAGAAAGACAUAGUGGUGAUACUGCAGCGAAAGUACUACCUCCCGCUAGUGGUGACCAUGUGUUUCGUGCUGCCUACUGUCAUUCCCUGGAUGAUGUGGGAGGAGCGUUUCAUCACGGCGCUCAUGGUGGCUGGCUUCCUGCGCUACACCCUCGUGCUGCACGUCACUUGGUUCGUCAACUCCCUGGCGCACUGGGUGGGCAGCAAACCCUUCGACAAGAACAUCUACCCCUCACAGAACUCUGUGGUGGCCUAUCUGUCCCUGGGGGAGGGCUGGCACAACUACCACCACGUCUUCCCCUGGGAUUACCGUACGGCUGAAUUCGGCGGGCUCAUUAACUACAAUAUUACCAGCCUAGCCAUCGACCUGUGCAGCAAAGUGGGCCUGGCGUAUGACCUGAGGACCGUCACGCCGGAAAUGAUCGACAGACGCAUCAACCGUACCGGCGAUCCGUCCUACGUCCCGAUAUACGUCAAGACCAAGACCAAGUAGAGCCCCGCCCCAUCCUGCUCUGCCCCGCCACACCCCGUCACGACCCACCACGCAACGCCACACCCUCCUCGUCCUCUCCACCACCGCCCCGCCCCGCCCCACACCCCGCACCCUUCACAUGCACAAUAAUCUAGAACGUAAGGCGGUAUGAGUGUGUCUCUUGAAGUAACUUAAAAAUAUCAAUUCCUUGCAAACUGAGAUGAUUUAAUGUAAUGAUGAUGAAUCCCAUAUUUGCUCCUCCCAGUUAGAUUAUAUAACUAUUAAAGGAAUGAAUGGUUCUUGUACGGUACGUAUUAUAUAUUAUAUAUAAUCCAUUGCCUUCUAUAUUUGCAAAGUUUUGAAAGUUGAUGCAAUGAUGAAUAUACAUCAAUGCUAUACAUAAGAAUAGUUGUCAAAGGAAUACAUAGGGACCGAAGUAUUUUUUACCUGUGAGAACUCUGCUGAUAUGAAAUAUACAUAGAAGAAGUAUUAGUACAUGUUCUGAAUGUCUUAGCUACACGCCAAAGCCUCCUCGUACAUAUACAUUUAUUUAGUUUACAUGUAUAUCAACACACCAAGGAACUGCACCUCAAAACAAUCUGUCUCACUCACUACAGUAGUAGUAUCGAAACUUCAUGAAGCGUCGAAACACCUGAACACUUACAAAAAGAUGAAAGAAAACAUUUGGCAACACUCGAGACUGUGGUUCCUUGGCCUCUCGAUCGGUGCGUGCGUGAGGUGUGCUGACGUGUUGCACCUGGGAGAACAGUGUUACCUAGACCCUGUGUUGAUACUGCGGAGUGUGGAGUGAAGGUCCCUUACCACUUCCAGGAUGUUGCAAAGAUGAUUUUUUUUUUUUAUCUUGUCUUAUGAUGCGUUGUGUUGCGUUUAAGACAAUGCAGUGUUACCUAGAUUGUGUUACCAAGUGAAGGCCCCGGGGCGUAUCACUUCCAGAAGUUGCAUGAAGGUAGUCAUUCAUUUUUAUUUUCAUUAUGUCUUGUGUCGCGUUGUGUUGUUAUUAAGACAAUACAAUAUUAUUUAUUCAAAUGAAGGCCUUUUGUUCACAAGUGUUGCAAAGAAAGGUAGUCACUCUUAUCGUUAUUAGAUCUUGUGUUGCUCUUAACCCAACACAGUGUUACCCAGGCUUUGGCGUUGAUGCAAGUAGUGAAAGCUUAUCAAACUCAGUGUUGCAAGGGAAAGUUACCAGUCACUGCUUGUCUUCCUGCGUUUGUGUUGCGUGUUGUUAUUCCUGAUAAGUUUUCGUGUCAAUAACAACUAUGUCCACACACGAAGGUUAUUCCAUGAUGUAUUCACCUGCAAUUCUCCUUGUUGAUAAAUUCCCAUGAUAUUACUUUACAUAACAUUACCCUACUGCUUCAUCUCAUCUUACCUUACUUUACCGUACGUUACCUUACCUUACCUUACCUUACCUUAUCUUACCCUACUUAACCUUAUUUAACCUUACCUUACUUUACGUUACCUUCUUACUUAACCUAAUCUUACCUUACCUUUCCUUACCUAACCUUACCUUAACUUUCUUAACUUACUUCUCCUCACCUUACCUCAUCUCACAUUACACAUUACCUUGCCUUACCAAACCAAACAUAGAAUAACUUAAUUAAUCAUGUUAGGAACUACUCUGAGGGAAUUUUCUGCGUGCAAUGUUCAUGAGAGAAGUUAGUCUAUGUAGAGCUUACGGUACACGCUCACAACCUGGAAGACAACCAGUCACUUCUGCCGCCCUGGUCUUAUUUAAAUGCUGGUUGUGUUGAGGUUGGGUUCACUAAAUGGCGGUGUUAAAGAAAAAAAAAACUUUUUUUUUAUUAUGUUGAGUUUUUUUGUGUUUUAUGGGUUAUAAGUAAUAAUACUUGACUUUUAUACACUUUUGUACUACUCAUACAUAUAUUGCAUUAUUGAAUUUUUUUUUCUGUAAAUGUUCUUGACUUUUUACAGUUAUUUUCAUCGAUAUUAUGUUUCUAUAUACUAUUACUAUUAUUUCUAACAUUGUUCUUCCCUCUUUUCAUCACUACAUUUUGUCCUGACUGACUGACUGACGGAAGAUAAUUUGAGCGCCUUAAGUUUUAAUUUAUGGGCAGCGUGAGUGAAACUAAUUAGCCACGUGUUACUGACCUUCACGAGGACCACAAAAGUAAGGUCCUUGUCACUCUAGUCAUUGCUGAGCUCAUGAGAUCCUAGCCACGUGUUUCCCUCUCCAUCCCAUACGGACCAACCCUUCAGGUGUUCCCUGUCCCCCCACUGUGCCAAUCCCCUUCCCUUCACUUCUUUCCCUCCCUUCCGGAAACUAACUAUCUAUGAGCCCCUCGCUGCAGGCAAACCUACACCUGUUUCCUUCCCUUCCUUCCAGAUCAAACCCCCCCCCCAUUACCCACACGUGUUUUCUUAAUCCCCCCUCCCCUUUAACUAACUAGCCGUCCUUUUCCUCGUGAUUCUCUCCCUUCUCCUACCUAACCCUUUUAUCACUCUCUCUCUCUCUCUCUCUCUCUCUCUCUCUCUCUCUCUCUCUCUCUCUCUCUCUCUCUCUCUCUCUCUCUCUCUCGAUAAUCCUGAGUACCUUUCCUAUUGUUCAAUAUCUCUCCUCCCUUCAGGUCUCCCACAGGUCCUAACAGACUCCUUUCCCUUCCCUCAAGUUUUCAGGCCCUGCUCAGCCCCUUUCCUCUUUCUUUCCUCCUGGUCAUAUUCCCCUACAUUUUCUCCCUUCCCAUCCCAUAUUUCCUUGAUUAUUCUGAUCAUCGCUCAUGUGUUAUCGCUUCUUUCUCUUUUCCUUCCUUCAGUACCUCCUUUUUUUUCCCCUUGAAUUUCAUCUUUUUACCUUUUUUUUCUCCCUUUUACUACCUUUCACUUUUCUUUUUCCUUCCAUUUCAAUCUUUCCUUUUCUUUCCUUUCCAUGGCCCUUCCUAUUACUACCUACUUUCCUUGCUGUUUCCAUGUCUUUUUUUCGUAUGUCGCCUCCUUCCCUCUCUCUCUCUCUCUCUCUCUCUCUCUCUCUCUCUCUCUCUCUCUCUCUCUCUCUCUCUCUCUCUCUCUCUCUCUCUCUUUCCCAUUACAUGUCCAGCGGGGAAAGAAGGUUCGAGAAAAUAGUUAGUGUGCAUUCAUUUUCAUGCCAGGAUGAAUCUGUGACCGCAACACGUGGCCAACAAGUUGAGUACAGCUGUUUUUUUUUUUUUUUUUUUUUUUUUUUUGGGGGCGUGGGUGGGGGUGGCGGGGAGUUCAAAGUACAUGUGCAUUUUUUCCGCUUCGAUACCUCCCUAUCUUUCCCCGCCAUGUACUUUCACCUGACCCUCUUUCUAUACCUCUAUCCUCCCCAUGAGUUUAUCUAGGGUUUCCUAUCAUAUUUAGUUGUACUUUAGUUGUUCACUUUCACUAUUAGUUAUUCUUUGAUUGAUAUUGUUUUCCCUUGAUUAAUUUAUUUUUGUCAUGUUUUUAUCCGAGUGCUUAUCUGGAGCUCAUCAUCUUACUUAUGUGUCCUCUAUGUACUUUCACUCCUUGUCAUCUAUUUUUUUACUCCGUAUUCCUUUUAUUAUUUUGCUCUUCUAUCCUCUUUUCUUUAUCUUUGCUUUCGACUCUCAUCUUUUGUCUCGUUUUCUCCUUAAUAUCUUGGAUUUCUUACCUCUAACAGUUUAAAAUCCCUUUCCUCUGAUACAUUUGUCUCUUGUUUUCACUUUGUCAGGGUAAUUUAUCAAUUUAUGUAUCCUCCCAUCUUUACAUCAUCCGUUUGACUCCUCUCUCCUUCCUCCUCCCUUCCCUUAUCUCAGACACGGAAAAAAAUCUUAUGUUCCUUACUUUUAUCUUCGUUUCCACAUUAAUAUCCUCCUCUCCUUAUCACAUCCUUAUAACUCUUCCCUCCCUCCUCUCGUCCCUUAUCCCAGUAAAAUCCUCUUUUAUCCUCCCUUCAUCUUCCUUAUCUCAUCCCGUUACUCCUUCUCUCCUCCUGUCCCUUCUCCCUAACACUGCUAGGGUUUUUAUGAGGCUCGCCGCGGAGGAGUCACGCUGAAUCACGCUGGUUUGUUUACUUAGUCAGCUGAUUGUGGUUCCGUCCUCCCGCCCGCCCCUCACUUGCUAUGCCUCUUAUAUUAUGACUUGUUUUUGAUGACGUGUGUUUUGUGUUUCGGUGUUUAAUAACUUGUGUAAAAAAAGAAAAAAAAAUAGGAAAGGUGGUGUAUUAUUGUGUAUUUAUAUAUCUUUACUAGUGCUGCAGCCUUUCAUUAUAUAUCAUUAUUAUAUAUACAUGUUUGUGAAGCACUAUCGUUGUCAGUAUAGUCAUUAUAAACGUACGUAUUAUACCGACACAAGUAAUGAAGGAACAUCUGUAGAUUCGCUAACCUAUGAUGAAGGGGAUUUGUAAAUCUGAAUUUGAUGCUAAAUGAAAACCGUACGUAGAAACAGUAACUCUAUAUACCCUCCUGAACUAGGCUAAUCGUAUAAAGGUCUAAUGAAAGGAAGCUAGUAAGGGUAGAAGGAUGUUGCAUGGUGUUAGAUUUAGGUUUACAAAUACUCUGCACCGAGGCAUCGAGUCUUGAGGUGAUCCGUGGAGAACAAUGACUGUGGUUCACUAUGGGAUUCUGUUGAGACAUGGAGUGUGUGCUGGCUUUACUUCUGUUGGCCGGAGCUUCCUACCUAUCAUGCCUGUCUACUUCUUACCUGGGCAAAGCAGAAAUGAAGUAAUCGUGGUAAUUAAGGAGGUACUGGCGUCCCUAUGUUAACGUGGCCAUGCAAACUGAUUGUAGAUGUGAAAUGUUUAAUUUUGUUAUUGAAAUUUUUAUUUCUUGCCUUGUAUACCUUAGCCAAGAACACGUGAUUGUAUGAAGGUUCUCCAUCCCUUUAUCUUUACCUGGCCAUGCAUACUGAUCGAUAAAGGGAAAUGUGUACCAGGUUUGUGGUUUUGUUAAUGAAUUCAUGUCUCGUUUUCUUACCUGACUUUAGUACAUGUGAUGCAUGACGACGUUCUCCCACCCUUCAUUUACACGUGGCCAUGCAUGCUGACUGAGUGUGUAAAUUAUCUGCUUAUGAUUUUGAUAAUGAAUUCCUGGUUUGUUUCCGUAAUGAAUUCCUGGUUUGUUUCCAUAUUAGGGCCAAGUAGAGAUGAAGCACUCGUGGUUAAUAAGGGGGAUGUCAUCUUCCUCUUAUACCUGCAUUUUGAUGAAGUGUAUGAUUUAUUAUUGUGAUACUUGACUAUAUUAUUUGUGUUGGGUUUGUGUAAUGAGGAGUGCUCUUACCUUUAUUUUACCUGACUGUCUGUUCAGGAAUGCAUUUUGAUUACUGAUUGGGCUUUGUGUUGUUAAUGGUUAUAAUAAUUACGUAUCCAGUGUAUCAACUAUCUCUUAGUUUUCUGAUAUUAAUGUCAAAUGAAUAUUUUACUUCACUUGGAAGGCCCGUGUUGUAGUUAAAAUCACGUGAUUGGUGUUCAUAACCGUUCUUUUUAUUCCGUACACCUGAAAACGUGACAGGUAGUUUGUUUAUUUUCGGUAUGUGACGUGUUUUUUUUAGUUAUAAUGUUUUGAUCUCUAUACCAGGGCUCUCUUUCUACAAAGGUAUAUAAUAUUAUAUGACCAGACGUGUGGCCUCUUUAUUAGAAGUCUCUUAUUUCUUUGUAUUCGCCACUCGUUCUACGUAUACCUGGAGUCACUUGUAGCUUUUGUCAUUCCAUGUUCUCGCCCACCUUUAUACCUGGACCCCGUUAUACCAGUAAAGGUUUUGGUCUCAUGUUAGGAGUCUCGUGUUCCCGUAUUGUGUAAUGGCCUCGUGUUCUAUACCUGUACUUUGUAGCAUUGUAUUCUGGCCACCUUUAUACACAGACUCCGUUAUAAUAUCUAAUGUGUGUAUCUUCCUCUAUAUCAGAGUAUUUUACUUGUAAAUUAUCUCUUGCUUUGUUCAUUUAUAUCAAGUUAUCUUCCUUCCUUGUCAUUCCCUUAAUUCUUUUACUUUUUAUUUAUUUUUUUUAUUUUUUUUUAUUUUAUUAUUAUUAUUUAUUUAUUUUUUUUUUUUUUUGUCUGGCCAGUUGUGUACCAGCUCUUGUUUUGGUAAUCUAUAUCACGAUUCUAUCUAAGAGUGUAUUCUAUCAUCGUUCUUGGUCCCCUUGUAAGUGUUUGUUUUGACCAUUUGUUAGAAUACCAGUUUUUGUUUAUUCUUCCUUCUCUUACUUGUAGGGGUGUCAAAGCCAGCGGUCUAGACCGUAUACCAGUUCUUGUUUUUGGUUAUUCAUAUAAUUUCUUAAUUUUUUUCUAAUAAUGGUGUGUUAGGCCAACUGGCAGAAUAUCACCUCUUCUUUGGUCAUUAUGUCAGGGCAUCGUUUCCCUAGUUUCUUCUCUUAAAGGUGCUCAUGGCCAGCUGUCAGUGUAUGAAGUAGAGCGCACCACACCACGUUCAGGAUAUUCAUAGCACCACUAUAUGCUAAGUAAUAGGUGGAGAUAAUGGUGAUGUUCCAUAAUAACCCCCACAAGAAAAGCUUUAUUUUUGGUGGAUUUGUGUAUAUACUUCUUAUAUAAUGAAGCUUGCCCAAUGAUUUUUUUCUAUUUAUUUUUGUUAUGUAUAUCUUGCUCCUUUUUCCGGUUGUGAACAAGAUGAUGAUGGUUGAAGUAUAACACUAUAUAUUCGG